ACAAUAAAAUUACUUUUUGCUUACUUCGUCUUUAAUUUUUAUUUGUUGAUAACACACAAAAUAAAUUAGAUAUUAAAUUUAUUCUUAAAGUGCACGUAUUCAUCUCAACAUGGAUCAACCGGACGAUCAUUUUCGCUAUGUUUAUAGUUGUUCCCUUAAUCAGUAUAUUCAAAUUAAAAUUGGAACGCUUGAGGGAAAAAAGCAAAAACCAGACCAUGAAAAACUCCUUGAAAAUAGAAUACUAGCCUUUUCGGGUCUUUAUUCAGAGGCAUGUCCGCCCUUUCAAGUACGCCUACAAGUUUUCAACAAGGGCAAGCCAUACUGCUUGCCUGUGACGUCCUCCUAUAAAGCAUUCACCAAACGAUGGAGCUGGAACGAAUGGGUAUCUUUGCCAAUGCUGUUUUCUGAUCUGCCAAGAACUGCAGUUCUAGUGUUGACCAUUUUGGAUUGCGCCGGUGCUGGGGAGACAUCAAUCAUUGGUGGCACAUCGAUUUCUCUUUUUGGCAAGAAUGGAAUGUUUCGUCAGGGAAUGUACGAUUUGAGAGUUUGGCUGGAUGUUGAAGGGGAUGGUGGAUGUCCGUCGAAAACUCCGGGCAAGGGAAAAGAAUCGAGCAAAUCGCAAAUGCAGAGAUUGGGUAAGCUGGCGAAAAUGCAUCGCAAUGGACACCUUCAAAAGGUCGAUUGGCUCGAUCGACUCACGUUUCGAGAAAUUGAGUUGAUCAACGAGAGGGAAAAACGAUUAUCCAAUUAUAUCUAUUUGAUGAUUGAAUUUCCAACCGUUACAGUCGAUGGGUUCAAUUACUCAAUCGUUUAUUUCGAGCCGGAAGGUGACAAGACGAAUAAAGUCAUAUCAAAGCCCAGGCUUGUAACCGUUCCUGAUUCCGAAAUAUUACAGGAAAACUUAGUAGAACGCAAACACCAUCGACUUGCCCGUUCGGAGAGAUCUCGAAUAUCAGACCGUGAUGCAAAACCAACCGCCAGCAUUCGUGAUCAGCUUCACACUAUUGUAUAUCGCUAUCCCCCAACGUACGUUCUCAGCAGCGAAGAGCAAGAUCUUCUUUGGAAAUUUCGGUUCUAUCUCAGUUCUCAUAAGAAAGCUCUUACAAAAUUUCUUAAAUGCAUUAAUUGGCAAACACCAGCUGAAGUCUUACAAGCACUCAGUCUGCUUGCAAAAUGGACGCCUAUGGAUGUGGAAGAUGCCCUUGAACUGUUGAGUCCCUCCUUCUCACAUCCUGAUGUUCGAAAAUAUGCAAUUACACGUCUAAUGCAAGCACCCGACGAGGAUCUUCUUUUAUACCUUCUGCAGCUCGUUCAAGCGCUUAAAUAUGAAAACAUCAAUAAUAUCAUAGAAUCAUAUAAGAGAAUCGCACCCGAAAAGAAUAUCAUAAAAUCAAUUGACAAUCAUCUGUUCGAUCAGAGCUCCGCCUCGGAUGUUAGUCUAAGCGUUAGUUCAAAGCAACAGCAACAUCCACCAACGCAAUCAGUUAUACAGAAAAGUUCGAUUCAAACGGAUGUAUCGCAACGUUCUCUGCCCAUGGCGAUAUCGGUUAACUCAGUCGAUGAGGAUAAUGCACUAACGAACGCUUCUAUGGCAUCGGUAACGUCGGAAGCAUCGAAUACCCUCAUGAGUGACAAUAACACAGGACCCAGUGACUUGUCAACAUUCCUCAUUCAACGCGCGUGCAAGAAUCCAACCCUGGCCAAUUACUUUUAUUGGUAUCUAUCAAUUGAAGUUGAAGACCAAAAGUCGAUGAUUCGCAAGCAGGACGAACGAGUGCAUAAUAUGUAUGCAAUGGUAUUAAACAUGUUCCUUAAAGUUCUUGAAAAUGGAAGUGUACAAUUGAAGCAUAUCCAUGCCAAUCUUAUGAAACAGAAACUUUUUAUUGACGAACUGGUUAGUUUGGUUAAGAUGGUUGCCAAGGAGCCAGGCAAUCGAAAUAAAAAAACCGAAAAGUUCAAGCAGCUCUUAGCCGAUACAGAUGCAUUUAAAAUAAAUUUCACAAAGUUCGAAGCUAUUCCAUUCCCGUUGGAUCCAGAAGUUUACAUAAAUGGCAUAUUGCCAGGCAAUACAUCAUUAUUCAAGAGUGCACUUAUGCCAGCCAAACUAACGUUUGUGACCACGAUAGCAUCACAUGAAUAUGUAGCUAUUUUUAAACAUGGCGAUGAUCUUCGACAAGAUCAACUCAUCCUGCAAAUGAUAACUCUUAUGGACAAACUGCUGCGCAGAGAAAAUCUUGACCUUAACCUGACCCCCUAUAAAGUUCUUGCUACUAGUUCGAAACAUGGUUUUCUACAGUAUAUUGAUUCUUAUACUGUCGCCGAUGUCUUGGCCAAGGAGGGUAGCAUUCACAAUUUCUUUAGAAAACAUAAUCCCUGUGAAAAUGGUAAAGACGGAAUUGCACCUGAAACAAUGGACACUUAUAUAAAAAGCUGUGCUGGAUAUUGUGUCAUAACAUAUCUUUUAGGUGUGGGUGAUCGUCAUUUGGACAACUUGCUUCUCACAACAAAUGGCAAAUUAUUCCACAUCGAUUUUGGUUAUAUCCUUGGAAGAGACCCAAAACCAAUGCCGCCACCCAUGAAACUCAGCAAAGAAAUGGUCGAGGCAAUGGGUAAUCAGCACCAUGAAUUCCGAAAACAAUGUUAUACUGCCUACCUGCAUUUGCGGCGACACGCAAAUGUCAUGCUAAAUUUGUUCUCUUUAAUGGUCGAUGCCUCAGUUCCCGAUAUUGCCCUUGAACCAGAUAAAGCUGUUAAAAAAGUCGAAGAGAAUCUACAAUUAGGACUGACCGAUGAGGAGGCUGUCCAGCACUUGCAAGGUUUGCUGGACGUUUCUAUAUCAGCUGUGAUGCCAGCGUUAGUUGAGCAAAUACAUAAAAUUGCACAGUAUUGGCGAAAAUAAAACAAACAACAAUUUAAAUUAGAAUACGUAAGCAAUGUGUUAAACGAGGGAUAUAGUUGUUCCGACAACUAUUUAUACUCAAUUAGAAUCGAUUUUGAUUUAAAUAUUAUAUUAAUUUAAAAAUUAAACUAAAAUAUAUAAUUAUUUAGCCAACUUAAAAUAAUAUAAAUAAAUAUAACUAUUUUCUUAAACCAAACCUCAGAAUCAUAUAACCAUAAAAUUCCCUUCUAUAUAAUUAGGCUUAAGACCGUAUAUUAUAUUUUAU